GUAGCUGUAGCCGAGUUAUCACCUUGCGUCUCAUAUAAAAUAAAGAUCCCACCUGCUUUCUUUUCUUCUCUGCAACUCCAUUAACAAACAUCUAACCAUCUCUUCAGUUUACGUUAACUCUCGACGAGACCUUCAAUUCUGAGUCAGCCACUGAUCUGAAAGCAGGAAAGAUCAAAACUUUAACAGUAAACAUGGAGAUUGGUUUCCAAGAAAAUGAUCAAAAUCAAGAACUUGACUCUCACGUUACGCAUCUUAUGGAGAUUAGUUCUGGGUAUUACGGGUAAACAACACUCAUCAAAUCUUCUUUUCAAACUUCUUCUUUGUUGGUCACUAAAGCUAAGUUUUUUUUUCCCUUCUUUUCCUUCUUUUGUCUUUAGGUGCUCACAUUAUAGAAGACGAUGCAAGAUCAGAGCACCAUGCUGUGAUGAAGUAUUCGAUUGCAGACACUGCCACAACGAAGCUAAGGAUUCUCUUCAAACUGAACAGCUCCUUAGACAUGAUCUUCCUCGACAUGAUGUUUCCAAGCUCAUAUGCUCGCUUUGUGAGACAGAACAAGACGUCCAGCAAAACUGCUCCACUUGUGGUGUAUGUAUGGGGAAGUACUUCUGCUCAAAAUGCAAAUUUUUCGACGAUGAUGUAAGCUUCUCCAAUCGAUUUAUUUCUUAUAAACUGGAAGUUGUACCAACAAAACUCAACACUGGCUGUUUCAGCUUUCCAAGAAGCAAUAUCACUGCGAUGACUGUGGGAUAUGCAGGAUGUUGCUACUCCAAAGUUUUGGAGGACAAGCACCGGUGUCUGGAAGGCGCAUUGCAUCACAAUUGCCCGGUUUGUUUUGAGUAUCUUUUUGAUUCGACAAGAGAUAUCACGGUCCUGCGAUGUGGUCACGCUAUGCAUUUAGAAUGUACCAAAGAUAUGGGGCUGCAUAACCGAUACACAUGCCCUUUAUGCUCUAAAUCGAUAUGUGACAUGUCCAGCGUGUGGAAGAAACUUGAUGAAGAGGUUGCUGCUUACAAAAUCCCAAAAGUGUACGAAGACAAGAUGGUAUGGAUUCUUUGCAACGACUGUGGUUCAAACACGAAUGUUCGGUUUCAUUUGAUCGCGCAUAAGUGCAGUAGCUGCGGUUCAUACAAUACUAGAAAGACGCAGAGAGGACCUAAUACUCACUCUUGCUCUUCAGGAGGUCCUCAGGUUGUUGGUUUAACCGGUUAGCUAAAACCUGAACCAGAACUGGUUUGGUGUCUGAAUUUCCCAAGGGGAGACUAUCUGUGUACUUUCUUAACUAUAGUAUUAGUUAAUGAACCAGGCAAAUCCAUGAGUUAUAUAGACAAGAAGAUCCGGCUUCAGAUCUUCAGGACCCACCCGAACCGACAAAGAAAUAGCUUCGAGUUUUCAGACCUUUACGUUGUUGGGUUUUACUAACGACUUCUCACCCAUUUCUCCCUAAAAGC